UAAUGGUUUUUAAGUUGAUGUUAAUUUGAUGCAAAUAUUCUUGCCUCUUGUCUGGGGUGCCAGAGUAUCUUUUACGGAAAUUUUAUUCGACUUUCAGGAUGCUAGGGAUUAUGUAUUCUUUUCAACUGAACCCUAAGAUUUCUGAGCUACACUGGCAUGAGAAAUGGAUAUUCCUCUAUUUCUAGUCCUAAAAGCUUAUGCGAGUGAUUUUCCUCAUUAUGGAUAAAGCCACUGUAUGAAUUUCCUAGAGGGACAGUUUCUUCACAAAUCAAGUAUUAUAUAAGACCUAUAUUAAUUACUUAUACUGAUAGUUCUGUUAGGAGAACAAAGCCCAUAUGUGUAUAUAUAACUUUUGUUGUUACUGGUGUUGGAGACAGGUGGUAGCAUAUAUUAAGUAUUAAGGUGGUUACUUGCAAACAAUUUUUAAAUUGAUUUAUGAGCUGUAUAGGAGAAAGAUUAAUUAACCAAAGCUUGGGGGAAAAUAUUUACUGUAUGGUAGAAUUAAGUUGCAGCAAUCAGAAUAGAAUUGUGGUGGAAACAACCAGUGGUCAAUCACAAUAAAUCAGUGGUUUAUCACAAUGUUUUGUAGAUGACAUAUACCUUGAUGUUGAAUGUGAACCCUAAAUUUCACAGCUUUGAGUUAGGCUGUGCUAGAGGUCUUAUGGAUCACGUACUUAAAACAAUUUCUUUCACAAUAUUUCUUUGGGGGAAUGCAUGAGUUCUCAUAUAAGGAAUGGCUUAGAAUGGCUAUUCAGAGCCACAGCACAUAUCUCCUAACAGAUAGAUAAUUUGGUCUCCAAAGCCAUUAUUUUAGAAAGGUAGUUCUUAGGAGUGCCAGGGACUCUGAGGGAAUCGUGAAUUAAAGGGCCUUCUUUUCAGAAUGGAAACUUGGAAUAGAAAAACCCAUUAGUAUUCCACAAGGCUCAAAUACUGAAAACUGUAUUUCUUAUUCUUGCAGCUGGUUUGCAUUAAUAGAAAAUUUUGCAUAGACUUGACUAUAUAAACUUUCUCCCUCUUAGUGUUUCAUUGUCCCCCUCCUUAAAUCCAAAUUAGUGUUUGAAUCUUUAACAGCUUAGAGUGCAGCGCUAAUGAGACCAAAGUUAUGGGUUCAUUUUUUUUUUUAGACAGGCUAUUAGCUUCCUACUUGGGCCAGCCUGAGUACAAAUUGUACAUCCAUUUCCAAGCAGUUCACAAAUGUGUAUUGUUGACCAGCUGUGGACCAUACAUGAGGGUAUAUGUAUUACCACUCUUAGAAAAACAGUUUAAAGCUCAUGUGUCCAUAAGAAUGUUUGUUUGUACAUAGGGGAAGAUUUAUCAUUUUGUAGGGAUUUUUAAAAUUCUAUAUUUGGUAUCUUUUUAAGUUUACUCUGAUUGAUUAGAUUGUAAAUAAGACAUCUGUUUCUUACUGGGAAUAUUUCAUGUCUUAUUUUUCACACUUCAGGUCACUUUCAGUAUAGAAAUUUAUUCAAAAUCACAAAUAGUUUAGGAGGGAUUUAGGUAGAGAAGUGCGAACUUUUGGAGGUUCUGAGUGACAGUGUUUGAGAAUAAGAAUGAAUCAUUAUCUAACAACAUAUAAUAUUGAUGAAACAGGAUUUAUUUUCUUGGUUUGCAGUAAGUGCAGUAGAUGUUAAAAUUAGCAUUCAUUCAGGCCUGUUCUGUCUUCUUGAACUAUGUACACAUGUAUAUGCAGUGGUGUCAUUUCCUCCCUCACUUCCUCCUUUCCUUCUUCCUUGAGUGGUACCAGCAUCCUUAAAAGCCUGCCUUUCACAUCAAUUUCUCCUCUUCCAGGUUUACUCUCUGUCCGCUUUUUGACAGAUUAUUUGGGGUUAGUGGUACAUCUACCUCUCCCAGAUUAUACAUAAAAAAACCUCCCCUUGUUCUUUCCCUUGGAGAUUCUUUUGAAGUUUCUCUAAUUGAGCAUCAGUGCUUUUGUCAUCUUCUUUUCAUAGACACAUCUGGGAAGUAAAGAGAGCAGGUUAUGAAUACUGAUGGCACUGGGAGACGAGUACUAGUGGAAGACAAAAUUCCUCACAUAUUUGGGUUUACUUUGUUGGGUGACUAUGUUUACUGGACUGACUGGCAGAGACGUAGCAUCGAAAGAGUACACAAACGAAGCGCAGAGAGGGAAAUCAUCAUAGAUCAGCUUCCUGACCUCAUGGGCCUAAAGGCCACAAAUGUUCAUCGAAUCAUUGGUUCCAACCCCUGUGCUGAGGAAAAUGGGGGAUGUAGCCAUCUUUGCCUCUAUAGGCCUCAGGGCCUCCGCUGUGCCUGCCCCAUUGGCUUUGAACUCAUCAGUGACAUGAAGACCUGCAUUGUCCCAGAGGCUUUCCUUUUGUUUUCACGGAGAGCAGAUAUCAGGCGAAUUUCUUUGGAAACUAACAAUAAUAAUGUGGCCAUUCCUCUCACUGGUGUCAAAGAAGCUUCUGCUUUGGAUUUUGAUGUAACAGACAACCGCAUUUACUGGACUGAUAUAUCACUCAAGACCAUCAGCAGAGCCUUUAUGAAUGGCAGUGCGCUGGAACAUGUGGUAGAAUUCGGCUUAGAUUAUCCAGAAGGCAUGGCAGUAGACUGGCUGGGGAAGAACUUGUACUGGGCAGACACAGGAACGAAUCGAAUUGAGGUGUCAAAGUUGGAUGGGCAGCACCGACAAGUUUUGGUGUGGAAAGACUUAGAUAGUCCCAGAGCUCUUGCACUGGACCCUGCUGAAGGAUUUAUGUAUUGGACUGAAUGGGGUGGAAAACCUAAGAUAGACCGAGCUGCCAUGGAUGGAAGUGAACGUACUACAUUAGUUCCAAAUGUGGGACGGGCAAAUGGCCUAACUAUUGAUUAUGCUAAAAGGAGGCUUUAUUGGACAGACCUGGACACCAACUUAAUAGAAUCUUCAAAUAUGCUUGGACUCAACCGUGAAGUUAUAGCAGAUGACUUGCCUCAUCCUUUUGGCUUAACUCAGUACCAAGAUUACAUCUACUGGACGGACUGGAGCCGACGCAGCAUUGAACGUGCCAACAAAACUAGUGGCCAAAACCGCACCAUCAUUCAGGGCCAUUUGGAUUAUGUGAUGGACAUCCUCGUCUUUCACUCCUCUCGGCAGGCGGGGUGGAAUGAGUGUGCUUCCAGCAAUGGGCACUGCUCCCACCUCUGCUUGGCUGUGCCAGUUGGAGGUUUUGUUUGUGGAUGCCCUGCCCACUACUCACUUAAUGCUGACAACAGGACUUGUAGUGCUCCAACUACUUUCCUGCUCUUCAGUCAAAAGAGUGCCAUCAACCGCAUGGUGAUUGAUGAGCAGCAGAGCCCUGACAUCAUCCUUCCUAUCCACAGCCUUCGGAAUGUCCGGGCCAUUGACUAUGACCCACUGGACAAGCAACUCUAUUGGAUUGACUCACGACAAAACAUGAUCCGAAAAGCACAGGAAGAUGGCAGCCAGGGCUUUACUGUGGUUGUGAGCUCAGUUCCAAAUCAGAACCUAGAAAUACAACCCUAUGACCUCAGCAUUGAUAUUUAUAGCCGCUACAUUUACUGGACUUGUGAGGCCACCAAUGUCAUUAAUGUAACAAGAUUAGAUGGGAGAUCAAUUGGAGUGGUACUAAAAGGCGAACAAGACAGACCUCGAGCCAUUGUGGUGAACCCGGAGAAAGGGUAUAUGUAUUUUACCAAUCUUCAGGAAAGGUCUCCCAAAAUUGAACGGGCCGCUUUGGAUGGAACAGAACGGGAGGUUCUCUUUUUCAGUGGCUUAAGUAAACCGAUUGCGUUAGCCCUUGAUAGCAGAUUGGGCAAGCUCUUUUGGGCAGAUUCAGACCUCCGGCGAAUUGAAAGCAGUGAUCUCUCAGGUGCCAACCGGAUAGUAUUAGAAGACUCCAAUAUCUUGCAGCCUGUGGGACUGACUGUGUUUGAAAACUGGCUAUAUUGGAUUGAUAAGCAGCAGCAAAUGAUUGAAAAAAUUGACAUGACAGGCCGAGAGGGUAGAACCAAAGUCCAGGCUCGAAUUGCCCAGCUUAGUGACAUUCACGCAGUGAAAGAGCUGAACCUUCAGGAAUAUAGACAGCACCCUUGUGCUCAGGAUAAUGGUGGCUGUUCACAUAUUUGUCUUGUAAAAGGAGAUGGUACUACAAGGUGCUCUUGCCCCAUGCACCUGGUUCUGCUUCAAGACGAGCUAUCAUGUGGAGAACCCCCAACAUGUUCUCCUCAGCAGUUUACUUGUUUCACGGGAGAAAUUGACUGUAUCCCUGUGGCUUGGCGCUGCGAUGGGUUUACUGAGUGCGAAGACCACAGUGACGAACUCAAUUGUCCUGUAUGCUCAGAGUCCCAGUUCCAGUGUGCCAGUGGGCAGUGUAUUGAUGGUGCCCUCCGAUGCAAUGGAGAUGCAAACUGCCAGGAUAAAUCAGAUGAGAAGAACUGUGAAGUGCUUUGUUUAAUUGAUCAGUUCCGCUGUUCCAACGGUCAGUGCAUUGGAAAACAUAAGAAAUGUGAUCAUAAUGUGGACUGCAGUGACAAGUCAGAUGAACUGGAUUGUUAUCCAACUGAGGAACCAGCUCCACAGGCCACCAACACCGUUGGUUCCGUUAUUGGAGUAAUUGUCACCAUUUUUGUGUCUGGAACCAUAUACUUUAUCUGCCAGAGAAUGUUGUGUCCACGUAUGAAGGGGGAUGGGGAAACCAUGACUAAUGACUAUGUCGUUCAUGGACCAGCUUCUGUGCCCCUUGGUUAUGUGCCACAUCCAAGUUCUUUGUCAGGAUCUCUUCCAGGAAUGUCUCGAGGUAAAUCAAUGAUCAGCUCCCUAAGUAUCAUGGGGGGAAGCAGUGGACCCCCUUACGACCGAGCUCAUGUCACAGGAGCAUCAUCGAGUAGUUCUUCAAGUACCAAAGGCACUUACUUCCCCGCAAUUUUGAACCCUCCACCAUCCCCAGCCACAGAGCGAUCACAUUACACUAUGGAAUUUGGUUAUUCUUCGAAUAGUCCUUCCACUCAUAGGUCCUACAGCUACAGGCCGUACAGCUACCGGCACUUUGCACCCCCUACCACACCCUGCAGCACAGAUGUUUGUGACAGUGACUAUGCUCCCAGCCGGAGAAUGACCUCAGUGGCAACAGCCAAGGGCUACACUAGUGACUUGAACUAUGACUCAGAGCCUGUGCCCCCACCUCCCACACCCCGAAGCCAAUACCUGUCAGCAGAAGAGAACUAUGAAAGCUGCCCACCUUCUCCAUACACAGAGAGGAGCUACUCUCAUCACCUCUACCCACCACCGCCCUCUCCCUGUACAGACUCCUCCUGAGGAGGGGCCCUCCUCCUCUGACUGCCUCCAAUGCAAAAAUGUAAAUACAAAUUUGGUUGAGACCUGGAGGGGGGGAGGGAGCUAUUAGAGAAAGAUGAGGCAGACCAUGUACAGUUAAAAAUUAUAAAUGGGUAGGGAAUACUGGAGAUAUUUGUACAGAAGAAAAGGAUAUUUAUAUAUUUUCUUAAAACAGCAGAUUUGCUGCUUGUGCCAUAAAAAUUUGUAUAAAAAAUAAAUUUGUACUAAAAGUUUUAUUUUUGCAAACUAAAUACACAAAGCAUGCCUUAAACCCAGUGAAGUGACUGAGUACAAAGGAAACAGGAAUAAUAAAGGCAUCACUGACCAGGAAUGUCUGGGCUUUAUUGAUACCAAAAAAAAAAAAAAGAGAGAGAGAGAAGAAGAAGAAGAAAAAUGUAAGUCCAUCUCAGAGCAGCAAACCAGAGAUACUUGGAAGUAGCCAAAUAGCCUUCAUGUUAACUAAUAUUUGAGGGCCAACAAGUUUAAGAAAUCACAAAAGGAAUUUAAAAAAAGGAAUUAAAACUAACUUUGGACAAAGGGCUUUGUUUUCUCUAGGAAUCCAAUUAUUUUAGUGAGGAAAAUAGGUAUUUAUAAAAAUCCCUUCUGGGUGUUGCUGUUGUAGGAGAUCCGCUUCCAGUGAGAUGGUGUGGGGCUCUUUGCGUGUGCAAGUCUUCUGUCCCUACCUUAGAACCCACAACCUCUGUCAAAAGAAUUAAUUUUUUCUCUAGGUGUUUUUACCUUGCUUCCUCCCCCAGCAGCUUUGUAGGCCAUUUUGCCAAGAUACCAUGAUUUAUUCACAGCUUUUUAUCUGAGGAUUGAUUAAAUGGAAUUUUCUAAAUUAAGGUUUCACUUUAAUAUUUCUACUAGCUCCAUUCCUCUGUAGGCUUAGCUCUUCAGUUUGACUGCUGUUUUUGCAUAAUGAUCAAAGGUUAGACAUAUUAUUGCUCCUCUUCCAAGAAUGUUUUAAUGCUCAUUAAAAUCUCUUUUUACAACACAUAUAGGCAAUGUUUAAGAAUUACAAAUUUAACCAUUAUGUUUUUGUUGUAAAUUAAUCAUAUAUCCUUGCAGUACUUUCAGCAUAUAAUUACACAAUAUGAAAUCAUUUAUAUAUAUAUAUUUUUCCUAGUAAAACAUUUAAAUAUGUUCCGGUUAGAGACAAUCUAUUUAAAAAGAGAAUUUUUUGUUAUCAUUAGAUUUUCCCUUUAUUAACUGUUUAUGACAUUUUCAUGUUCUUUAGGCCAAUUUUUCUCAGAAUGAUGUCUACAUACAUACCUCUUAAUGUGUGACGUGAGUUUAAUAUCUUCCUGUUACCCAAUGUGAAUGUUAGAUUGUUUUCAAAUUAUCCACAAAUUAUUCUUAUACUCACCUUUUAUAUAUUUGUGUGUGUUCUCUCUUAUUCCAUUAUGGAUUAAGAUGAUUUAACAAAUUUACCAAUAUGGAUUAAAUGAGAAGGCCAACUAAUAACUUCUCAGCUGUCAGAACUUGGGUGGAGGGGAAUAAUGGAAGGCUCUUACGUCAUCUGCCUGACCUGCGUGGUCCUUGGGCUGCUGUAUCUUCAGCUCUUCGGGCUGACGUGUGGGAUGAUUCUAGCACUGCUCUGCCACCUUGCCACAAGUUAGUUUCCUGCUUUUCCAGCACUUCUCUGCCAAAACUGAAUGUGUUUUUACACUAAUGUUUUUUGCUUUAACAAUUGUUGGUCAGUUAGUUACAGAAUGCUUUUUUUUUUUUCUUUUUAAAUUCUGUCUUGCUGAGACCUCUCUGGAUUUUUAGGGCCCGAGAGAAAACAAUGGAAGAAAAGAUUUAGAAUUUUGGCAGGGGUGAAGUAACUUUUUAAGCAAUUAAAAAUACCUAAGGAAACUUGUUAAAGAGAAAAAAAUGUGGUUUCAGAAUAAUGCGUAUAUUGUUGGGGACACCUUAUAUGAAUCAGGUGCACUUGAUUUUGCAUAUAAAUGGUGAUCCAUCAGUGUCUUGCAUUUCAGUCAAACAAGCAUUAACUCUUCCUGUUGGUGGACAAAGUGCUCACAGUCUAACAGAAUGGACCCUGGAGUUGCAUUCUGUGACACGAGGGCCUUUGAUGCUUAAAUGAAGAUGGAAAGGUUAGCAAUAACUGGGUAUCAAUUAGAAUUUGAGAAUUCUAUAUGUUUACAUUUUUUAAUGUGCAUCUUUAUCCGGUGGGCUUCCCAUGUGGAAACUUGCACUAUAACGAAUUAAGAAGAAUAUUGCCUUGUUAUAUCUCAGUCCAAGUGCUUGUACUGCGAUGGCAAUGGCCUCUUCUUGCAAAAUACUGAUUUGUGUGCCAAUUUGUUUGAAAUUAUUUGAAGGCAGUUCCGCUUAAUCUCAGAAUCCUCUUUCUGGGGUAGUUGAGAUGGAUUCUUAUUAUUUUGGGGAGGGUACCUUUAAAUGAGAGAAUUAUCAAAAUUCAGGAAAGAUUGGCCCUCAGGUUACAUGGACAGUUAAGCUUAGGUAAACUCUCUUGAGUAUUAAACAUGAGAUUUAAUUGGAAAAACUGAAAGUAAAAAAUAAACAUGAGCACAAAUCAGGGGAAAAAGUGGAAAAGGGUUUGGAAUCUGGUGUAUUGCUAUAUUCAUUAUCCAUGAGGUAAAAAGGAAUAAAGUGUUAUUAGAUUCCUUAAAUACUAAGGUAUUUAAUUUUGAACAUAUGUCUUACAGUAUGCCUGUUUACUGGUGUGAUUAAAAUUAUCUGAGAAAUGCCAGGGAUGUACUGUAUGGUUACUAACAUAAUAAAAAAAAUUUAAAAAAAAUUAUCUGAGAAAUGAGCUCUAGCACAGCGUACCCUUUCUGCCCUGUAUAGUAGACUAGGCUUCACUGAGGUGGUCUUUCUAACUCGGAACUUUUAUAAUUUUGAACUUGCCUCCUUCAGAGCCCUGGUCUUCUGAACAGUGGCCAAGGAAUUUUGGUGCUUAAAUCAGAUAAUGGCAUAGUCACAAGAAAAAGCAGAGUUAAGGGAUAGAAUUUCUCAGUAUUAAUUUUUCUUUCAUGAAAUUUUAUUAUGCCUUUGACGCCUGCUGCCCCUCUUCUGUAGUAGCAUACGUGAGAUGCUGUCUGUCUAGCAGAAAACUAAGAGUUAUUUUAAUGAUUUUAAUUUUAAUAUAAAAUACUUUGUGAUAUAUGACCCUUGAGAACAGCUGUUCUAAAGGGAUGAUAUAUAUUUAGAAAUGAAGACUUUACAGUACAUUUUCAUCUAACAGGCCAAUAAUUUGGGGGCAGGGCUUUUGAGCAGUAAAAUUUUAGCAUGAAUUGAGGAUUGUAUUUGUUCAUCAUUUUAAAAUACUCUAAAGUCAGUAAUUUAUAUAAGGCCAAUUCCAACUUUGAUAAUAUAUAAAAAUAACCACCAUCUGCAUUAGGUAGCGAUUAAGUUUGGGGUAAAAUCUUUUUGUUUUGCCAUCAACGCCUAUUAAUGAAGAAUACUUCGAGCCCAGUUAGUAGCUGUGGCUUACCUAGCCUAUUCAUGCAUCUUUGUAUGUUUAUGUAACCUGAUACCAGCCAUCAUAAUAAGACUCCUGCUUCUCUGUGAUAGUUGUGCUAGUGGAGUCCUGUGCCUAGAUUCGAUUCCUAGAAACGUAGUUUUUAAAAUUGCUUUUUCUCUUGCAGGGGAAACUUGCCACUUCAUUGAUUUGCAUGCCAUAAGAGCUACGUAUUGGUUACCAUUACACAUCUAACAAAAUUGAGAAACAAAAGUCUUGGGCUUUUCAUAUCCCAAGCUUUUAAUAAGCUUAAGUCUGUAUAAUGACAUACAUAGUAUGUUUGGAGUGUGGCUAUGAGUAUGUGAAUAUCAGUUGGCCAACCAAUGUGUGGGCAUCCACAAAUGAGACUAUACACUAAGUGUAGACAGGGACUGAGUCAUAAGUUUAUAAUCAAGUGUUGUUUAAAACAUGUUCUCAGAAUUCUUAAACUCAAGUUUAAUUUUAUUUGGUAUUCCUUUCUUUAUCCGAAGCCUAAAAUGAGCCAAGAGAAAUAACAGAUGAUUUCAGAAAGUACUGGUAGCAUAUGUGUGGUUCUGACUUCUGGGAUGGCAUCAUUUCAUAAUAGUCCCAAAUUUUGGCUUUGGAAAUUUUCAGUUUUAGGGGAUAACAUUUUACAUUUAUAGUUUAAAAUUUUUAAAUUAGGAGCUUUGUGAAUCCGUAUACUCAGGACAUUUCCGUUGGACUUGCUUCUGCAUCUCUUCAAACUAAGCCUGCACCUGAGUUAGAAGGGGGUGGUUAGUAAGAUCUAAUAUUCUUACUACUUCACCCUCCCUCAGGCCGGGUAAAUUUUACUCAGUUUUUCUUUCUCAUAAGGCAUCCUUAAGCUAUUAUUAAGUUUAUUGCUGGAAAAAAUCCUCAUGAGUUUACAGAUACAACUAUAAACUAUGUGAUUUCUUGUACUCAAAAUAUAGACCUAACAAAAACUAACUUGUAGAUUUUCACCAUUACUUAGGGUUUACCGAAAAGUUUACACCAAAGAUUUAGAGACAAUGUGCUUUUGCUUAUGCCUAACUGUCCAUUUUUUUAAACAAAUAUAAGCAGGGCAGGGAUAUAAAUAUAUAUAUAUAGGUCUAUCUAGAUAGGUAUACCUAAAUAUGAAUUUAAAAAGAAAAGAAAGUGAAUAAAUCUAAUUUUACAUUAAAUUAAAUAUCUGGGGUUAGUAGGAAAAUUUGAAAAGAGUUAAGAGGAUACCAAGAAGCUUAAGCUGGACUAGCCUUAUUUGCAAGUGAAGGAUCUGGUGCUGCUUUCAGAUGUUUAUCCUUUGUGUUUUUAAAUUUUUUCUUAAGCUUUAAUCUUUGUUAUUGUCUUAAAGUCAGCUGGUGUUUCUUGUUCAUGGACUUUGGUACGAUGGUGCUUUGCAAGGAUGUAUUUAUAUUUUAAUGGCCAACAUUUGGUCAGCCCUUGUCCACUAUUCACUUCCCCCUUUUUGUAAAAUAAGUGCUUUAAUUGUAAACUGUAUAAAAAUACCUUGUAUAAAUUCCCUUUUGAUUAUUACAAUAAGCUGAGUUGUAACAAAUGAAAUGUUGAUUUUUAUAAUAAAACAGUGGAAAAUAAAAGUGUCAUUUCUUUUUAGCAAGGUAUUAAAACAG